AUGGCAAAGUAAGUAAUACUUUCCUUUUUUGUUACUUUCUUCAUGUUUAUGUUCUUGUUUUAUUUUGACGAAUCAAAAAAGUGAAAAGGUUUAUUUCCAGUGACAGUGCUAACUUUCCUCAAAUACAAAGAUUUGUUUUUAUAUUAGUGUCUGAAAUGCCUUAAAAACCAGCGUUUAUAACCGCACUACCUCAUUGUUGCAGACUUUGACCCUGGGUCAGCCAACUCCUGAAUGUGACAAGUAGUUUUUAAAGUGUUAAUCUGAGGUUUGCAAAGGAUUAAUUAGCGUAUGCGUUGGUUCAAACGGGCUCUUAGACAGACACACAGGUAAUGAGCUGUUUGGGAACCGUGCCACACACCAUUUGUAGCUCCCUCACCUGGGCCAGCCUCUCAAUCCAGGCACGAUGAGGUAAAGCUGCUCCACUCUUAGCUUUUCCUAACUGGAUAAAAGGGAAUAAGGGAUUAUUGGCCCUUCUGCUGCUGGCAAACGAACUUACUUCACCUCUACAGCCUAAAACUAAUCAUUAAUUUAUCUGGGUAAUCCAGACGGUUACUCGGUACUGUGUUCAAAUGAAGUCAACCUACAUUCACCAGACACUUACUUUCAAAUUAGUCUCGAGCUCUGCAGCUAUGUUGCACUUUUCAUACAUGUUAUGUGUUAAACUUACAAUUUACUGUCAGGAGAAGACAAAGGACUGGAUGAGGAUGGUAGAUGUUGUUCAACUGUUCUCUCUUAUCCUUUUUACUCAGGGUUUACAAGAAGACCAGUGGAAACGGAGGAGUGAGUCUAUAUUUCUACUACUUGAUGAUCUUAAAACACGUUUCAUCGUUUGGAAACACUCAACAGGAUCUGAAAAACUUUUAUUUUUCUGACAGGUGACCCUCUACCUGGGAAAGAGGGACUAUGUGGACCAUAUGAACAGUGUAGACCAAGUUGGUAAGCUCAUGUUCAGUCAGUGUGUUUCAAUACAGUAUAGUAUCGCGAUAUUUUGUCUGGUCAUAUAUCGUAUCGUCUCAUUUACCAAGCACUGAUUAUUUUCAAAGUAACUGUUAAUAUGAAGUCAAAUCUAUGAUAAUGGAAAAAUAAAAUCAACUGUUUGUCCAGUGAAGUCGGCAGAGGUGACAUCAUAGAGCAGGAGAAAGUUAGUACAACAAAUAGAUAUAAAAGGUUUGCAAGAUGUGCUACAUGAAAAUAAAAUACAGCGUAAAUAAGACAAACAUUAAGGAAAGCCAAAUGCUAAAUUAGCUAAACAAAUGAAAAAAAUGUAUAAAUCGCAAAAUAUUGUAUUGCAAUACUCACUGAAUUACAACAUUUUGAAAAUCACAAUAAUAUCAUAUCGUGGCCUAAGUAUCGUGAUAAUAAUGUAUCAUGAUAAUAUCGUAUGGUGUCCUAAGUGUCAUGAUAUUAUUGUAUGGUGUCCCAAGUAUUGUGAUUAUAUCGUAUCGUGAUGAUAUCGUAUGGUGUCCCAAGUAUUGUGAUUAUAUCGUAUCGUGAUAAUAUCGUAUGAUGUCCCAAGUAUUGUGAUUAUAUCGUAUUGUGAUAAUAUCGUAUGGUGUCCCAAGUAUUGUGAUAAUAUCGCAUCAUGGCCCAAGUAUCGUGAUAAUAUCGUAUCGUGUCCCAAGUAUUGUGAUAAUAUCGCAUCAUAGCCCAAGAAUCAUGAUAAUAUCGUAUCGUGAUAAUAUUGUAUGGUGUCCUAAGUAUCAUGAUAAUAUCGUUUCGUGGCCUAAGUAUUAUGAUAAUAUUAUUUCGUUGCCUAAGUAUUGUGAUAAUAUCGUAUCGUGAUAAUAUCGUAUGGUGUCCUAAGUAUCAUGAUAACAUUGCUUCGUGACCUAAGUAUUGUGAUGAUAUCGUAUCGUGAUAAUAUCGUAUGGGGUCCCAAGUAUCAUGAUAAUAUUGUUUCGUUGCCUUAGUAUCGUGAAAAUAUUGUAUCAUGGGGCCACUAGUGAUUCUCACCCCUAGUUUCUGCCCAUGAAAGGAUGAUGUCUGUAACCAUAUCUGCUUUCUUAUCUUCACAGAUGGUGUCGUAAAGCUGGAUCCGACAGACUUUAAAGACAGAAAAGGUGAAUGAUGAUCACAGUCUCUUUAACUGUCUCUGUUUUUUCUUGCUGAAGUGUGGUUGGGAAAAAUAAAAAUAAAAAAUUAACCUGUGCUGUGCUGACAGUCUUUGUGCAGCUGGCAUGUGCCUUCCGUUAUGGUAGUGAUGACCUGGAUGUGAUGGGCCUGUGCUUCAGGAAGGACAUCUGGAUCCAGCACGUCCAGAUUUACCCUGAGAAUCAUAAGCCAACUCUGACCCCCAUGCAUGAGACUCUGUUGAAGAAGGCUGGGGACAACUCACACCCUUUCACUUUUGAGGCAUGAUAGACGGCAGAAUUAAGUUUUCAGCUUGAUAAACAGUGUUUGAGCUCUUUGUCGGUUUGUUUAAAGGAUAAAAACAACUCUUCUGCUUCUCUGUCUCUCCAGAUACCCACCAACCUCCCAUGCUCAGUCUCUCUGCAGCCCGGACCAGAUGACAAGGGCAAGGUAAAACUCAGUCCAACAACAAACUUAUAUAAAAACACAGCUCUUUGUGUGUAAAAGAGCUGAUUUGAUUGUUUUAUCUGCGUAUCUGUUUGUUUGUUUUUCAAGGCUUGUGGUGUUGACUUUGAGGUGAAAACUUACCUCGCCAAGGAGAAGAGCAACGCCGAUGAAAAGAUUGAAAAGAAGUGAGUACACUCUUGUCUUUGAGCUACUAUCUGAUUGCAACAACAAGAAGAUGCAGAAAGGCUCCCAUUUCGAUUAAGUUUUCUCCCCGCACUGGCGCAAAUGAGUCAGCCUCUAAGAGCCACUAAAUGGUCAAAAAGCUAAUACCUCCAUUACACACUUUGGGGUUCCCCAUGGCAUGCAACCGGUGCCCUUUUAACUGUUUUGCUCCUGUCUCUCAUCCUCCUUCCUCUGUCCUCUCCUGCCUCACAGAGACACUGCUCGCCUUGUCAUCCGUAAAGUCCAGUACGCCCCCACCCAGAUCGGCGCCGGCCCUAAGGCUGAACUCUGCAAAAACUUCAUGAUGUCUGACAAACCCGUUCAUCUAGAAGCUUCAAUGGACAAAGAUGUACAGUGUCAAAACUUCAUUAUUAUGCGUCACAUUCAUCGAGUUUGUUCUUGUCGAUGAAUUUGUUAACGUCUUUCUGGUUUGACCGCAGCUCUACUUUCACGGCGAAGCAAUUCCAAUUAAAAUCAAAAUCAACAAUGAGAGCAACAAAACAGUCAAGAAAUUCAGAAUCACCGGUGAGUUCCUCAGGAAAAAGCGUCAUAAAAUGUGCUCUUUUUUUUACUGCAAACAAAAAUGUGUGUGUAAACCUCUCUUUACUCCUCUCACAGUGGACCAAACCACAGACAUUGUCCUAUACUCGGCGGACAAAUACACCAAGCAAGUUUUCCUCCAAGAGUUUGGGUAUGUGGAAAACACAAAUCACUGAAGCGCAAUAAAUCAUAUUGUUGAAGUAAAAGCACAGAGUCGUAUCUGUGACUGUAUGGUUUAUGUGUUAUUCUUUCUUCACAGAGAAACAGUGGAGCCCAACGGCACCUAUGAGAACACUCUGUCCAUUACUCUCCGCCUAGCCGAGAACAAGGAGAAAAGAGGUCUGGCACUGGAUGGACGACUGAAAGAUGAGGAUACCAACUUGGCCUCCACCACAAUGUAAGUCUCCUGAGUAUCUCACCUCUAAAUUUGGACAAUAAGUCAAACUUGUUUUUGGCAAACCAGGUCAAAUCGUUGCUUUUCUUGCAUGCAGUGUGUAACCUGUAAUGCUUGUAUUUGUACCCUGAAGGUUGCGAGGGGGUUUGGAAAAAGAAGUGUUGGGAAUUCUGGUUUCCUACAAGAUCAAAAUUAACCUCAUGGUUGCUGGAGGAGGGUGAGUGACUGUUUCUGUCUGAAUACUUUUGUCUCUGAAACAAAAACAAACAUAUAACAUCUUUCUCGUCUUCUCGUAGCCUGCUGGGCGGACUCACUGCCAGGUGAGUAGAGUUUAUAUUGAAUCAUGAAUAACUUAACAACAAUAAUUAUCACUAAGUAUUUGUAUUUUUCUGAUUGGCUGAUUUGUUUUCUCCUCAGUGAUGUCACCUUGGAGCUGCCAUUGAGUCUCAUGCACCCCAAACCAGAAGGUAUGUUUAUCACAAACAUGUACACUUUAAGAUUAAAUCUAACUCACAGUCUGUAUGGUUCUUAUUCUGUAUUUUUCUCUUAUUAAUCUGCCCCUGAACGUGAGCAGAGUAAAGACAAAACAUCAGCGUAAGUACCAAAUCACUCUUAUUUUUUUUUUGUGCAUUUUAAUAUCAUCUAGGUAUUGUAUUAUGUAAUGAUGAGAAACCUCAGACUUAUCAUUUUAUUUAUUAUUUUUGCAGUGUUUUAAAAGAAAAUCCCCCAUUGUCAAGGUAAGAAUGUGUGCAAAGUGUGUCUGAAAAUAUAUCAAAAUUCACUGACUGAUUUAAAAUCAAAAUGUAUUUUAAAAUAUGAAUGAAAGUGUCAGUAAAAAAUAAGGUAAUGAUUGUAAACUACAUAGUAUUUUUACUUUCCUUUCCAGAGGAUGUUUCCCAGACGGUUGAACAGAAAUGUAAAAAAUGACAGGAAGACAACAAGAGCAAAAGACACAAACGAAGUGAAAGACAAAGUUGGAUUUGGACGUGGAUGAGACGUAAUGAAACACUAUAACCAUAAUCAAGCAACUUAAGAUGAACACCAUACAAGGAUGUAACCACAACAUAACAUCAGAGCCCAAACAGAUUUAAUUGUCCAUGUUUUUUCUGUAUUGAUUUAUUGUUGUAUAGCUGUAGAGGGGGUAUUUUAAUUCCAACAUGUAGAGACCAAAGACUAAUGUAGGACUACACAAAAUAAAAGUCUUUUUCACUAAACAGCAGAAAAAUAAAAUGGGGGGGAAGAUAGGAAAUCAAUAUGAAGACCAUAAAAACCACUGUGCUUUGGAUAACAGUGAUACGCAUAUUUUGAUGUUAUUUUUCUUCUGUGAAAUGGACCAGAUUAUGUUUUGGACCUGAAGCCAGAUAGAGUCAAACUAAAUAAAAAAAUGUUAAAAACAGAAACAUUGUGGGUUUCAUUACUUAUUCAGAUGGGUCACAAGCUUGGAAUUAACAUGCACCAACAUGACGGAACAAAGCUUUUCACUUGUCUGAUGUUUUAUUGGACUUAUUACCUAGAGGAGUUUUUUAUGUGUGGGCAGACAGGAUGGGAAGAUAAACUUAACAAAUUAAUUUAAUGAAUUAAUUUUUCAUUAAUUGAAAGGCGUGGUAGCGCUCCGAUUCAAACAGUUACCAGCGCUGCUUCGCCACUUACUGACACUUAAAAAGUAUUUUACCAAAUAUGCCCCCUGUCACGAGGUUCAUGCUUAAGCAGUCAAAAUAUAAUGGAAAAACACAGCCUGGCAGGUAAGUGGAGAGAUUAAUAUCUAUGUGAAUGUAUGUUUAAGUUAAAUGAUAGAGCUUCAGUUAUGCAACCUUGGUUACCCUAUCUAACGGAGAAGGGAGAAAAAGGUACCACUGUUUAGUGGGUAAUUAGCAACGUUGGUGGGGAGGAAAAUGUUUGUGUGUGUUUGUGUGUCUCCAUGCACUGUCCACAGACAGUGAUUCCGCUCCAUCUCACCACCUAAACGUUGAAAUGGUGGUAAUAUUUCUCUUGUUAAAAUAAUCAUAAUAUUUCCGCAUUCAUUGACAAAGAUGGCUCAAGGAAUGGAAAGGUGGGAUCAUGACUGUUUAAGAAGGGGGAUGAUUUUAACCAUUUUUGUUUGUACAGUGGCUGAGAACUGCCACUGCUGGAAAUAAUAAAAAAGAAUGCAAAAAAAAAAAAAAAGAAGUCACAAUGGAAGUUACUGAUGCAAAAAAAAAGAGAGAGAAACCAAAGGCCACUGCAAAUAAAAAAGAAACGGGGUAGAUAAAAAAAAGCCAAAGCAGAAGUUAACAACGCAAAAAAAAAAAAAAAAGGUAGCAAUGGAAAAAAAAAAAAAGUUACUUACCGCGAAAAUAAAAGGAUGCAAAUAAAAAAAGCCACAAUGGAAGUGAGCUGUCGGGGACCAAUAAUGAUGAUGCACCUGUGUUUUACGAUCUAGGCACAGAAGACGACGGCGAGAAAAAUAAAAAAAUGGAAAGGUUAUUGUUUAAUUUAAUUUUGUGUGAUACAGUUAGGCCGUGUAGCACCUGAGUCGAUAUGAAGUUGAACUGGAGGAUACCGGUGUAGUGUUAGCUUCAGUAAUUCUUUUUUUUUUCCAUCGCCACUUUUUUUGCGUCAUUAACUUCUGUUGUGGCUUUUUUUCAUCUGCAUCAUUCCUUUUUUUAUUUGCAGUGGCCUUCAGUUUCUUUCUUUCUUCUUUUUUUGCAUCGGUAACUUUUGUUGUGACUUUUUUUUGCAUUCUUUUUAAUUUGCAGCAGUGGCGGUUCUCGGCCACCGUACAUCCCCCCUCUACUCGAGUACUGUGGUUAAUAUCGGUUGCUCGAAUAAGUCCUCCAGCCUGCUGUACUCAGCUCAUGCCAUCAGUCAGGGAGGCGCUAUUUCGACCUGAAGCGUCGCGCGAGUUUAGAGAAGAAGAAGCCAACGAUCACUACUGUCGACGUCAUCACGCAAAACGUGUAGCACUGAAGCAACAUGGCUCUGAAUGGAGGUUUGUGAACUUAUUAGUUUAUAAACUAGAUAACUUUGACAUUGUUCUGAUAAACAUUUGCUGCGAAUAAACUACCGCGUUACCUUACACAUUGAACAUGUCAUAUUUUUACUUUGACUCUCACUUAAAUGUCCUUUUCCUCUUUCCGUGGAUAUCGUUAGCCCUGUCGAAAUGCUAGCUUAGCUUGUCAGCAUUUUUAGCAAUAGCAGCACUGCGGCAGCGCUAAAACACCGACCAAAACAACGUUUAUUUACAUGUAUUUAUCUUGUUCUUGAGUGUAAAAACAUUAAGUAAAAAAUCACUGUUAUACACCUCUCAGAAAUUGAACACUGGAUAGCAUUAAGGUUGUUUGUUAUGAAGAUGGUGACAGCAGCUGACAUUAGUGUGGGUCUGUGUCUGUUCAGGUGGUUUCGGUUUUAUUUUUUACUCUUUUUUUUUUUUUUAGAUGAUGAAGACUUCGAGUGGGAGCCUCCCACAGAGGCAGAGAUGAAGGUGAUCCAGGCUCGGAGAGAGAGACAGGACAAGAUCAGUAAGUUGAUGGGAGACUAUCUGCUCAAAGGAUACAAGAUGCUGGGAGACUGCUGCGAGACCUGCGGGGUCAGUGGUUUUAUUCUUUAUUCUGUGUUCCCAGAAGACCCUUCAAAGUACUAUACACAGUUUAUAUAAUACAUGGGUUAAAAUCACGUGUGUGUGUGUGUAUGCAGACGAUUCUUCUUCAGGACAGACAGCAGAAAAUCUACUGUGUUUCAUGUCAGGAGCUGGACUCUGAUGUUGACAAGGACAACCCUGGUACACUCAACACACACACCCUCACCUCAAAUACACAAGGAUUAAAGGGACAUCCGGGUGUUAAAUUAAUUAAGGGUCAAACACGUCACAACACAGAGUCAGUCUCUCAGAAUUCUAAUCAGGAUAAAUAACAAAAAAUAUUAAAAUGCUGUUCUGAGCAUUAUUUGUGGCUAUAGAGUGGCGUUUUAGUUGAGGUUUGUUUAUGGCUCCUCAGACCGCUGUGUAUUGCUAUCCUGCGGUCGUUACUAAAGUUGGUGUAACUAGAGAAACAAGCGGUCGGCAACAUUCAUCUCUUCAGGGGGUGUCUAGAUUGGUGUGACGGUGUGUUUGACCCUAAAUUAAAUGUACGCCACAAUAUCGCUUUAAGUCAUCAGCUGUCUCUUCCUUUUGUGUCUUUUUUUGUACCCUCAUGUGACUAAACCUUUUUUUUUUUUUUGUCUGUAUUAUUCUCUGUUUCCUCUGCUUCUCUCAGCUCUAAAUGCACAGGCAGCUUUGUCUCAAGUACGGGAAAGACAACUCGCGGCCCAGUCCCCCACACCAUCCCAGACUCCUGUUCUUAAUGGUGGCCCCAGCACUCAGGCGAGUGUGUCAGUUCCCAGACCGGAGCACUGUGAGGGGGCGGCCGCGGGUGGAAGAGCUCUCCUGCCUCCAGCGGCUGCUCCUACUCCUUCACCUCCUGCUCCCACCACAUCCCUCGCACCUGCUCGCCCUCCAGUUAUUGCACAGAGCCCUACUCUCCAACCCGUGCUGCAAGAAGCGGAGGAAGCUGUUCUAACCAAACUUCGCUGGGCCACAAACCAGCUACAGAGUUCAGCCUCCCUGGAGGCAAGUAUCCAGCUCUGUACCCUCAUCGCCAGCUGUGCCAGUUCACUGCGCAGCCUCAAGGAGCUCAACCAGUAG